AUGCGGAUUGAUGCAUCUGUGUCGCUGCUGGCGGCACUUUGCUCGGCAGCACAAGCAUUGGCUAAUACAGCCUCGCUCUCUAGCCGUGGCAUAUCAAAAGACCCAUCAUGUCCAGACGGGUGGUUUUGCGAGCAGAAAGGCUGUGACCUGACCUGCGCAGCUGGAGACGUUUGCGUUUCUUUUGAAGGAACUGCAUCAUGUGCUCCAGCUGGCAAGAAGUGGUGUUCUUUCAAUCCCAACACAUUUGAAGCGGUACAGUGUGGUACUGAUGGAGUUUGCUGCCACGGCAAUUGUUACAAGCCGGGUACUGUAUGCUGCGAUGAUGGUACUAUCCACUGUACUAUUGGUGACCUGUGUCUCGCUCGCCCCAGUGGUGACAACUGCAAAGCAGGAACGUCCACUAGUACUAGAGUAUCUCCAUCAUCAAGCUCUGCCCCCCCUAAUCAGCAACCUCAGCCAACGAUUGCAAGCAGUAGUACUGCUGUGCUGUCCACACCAGCUGUGACAACAAAAGCAUCGUCGGCAACACCUUCGCCUCAAACGUCAGCGAGGGCAACCACAACUACUACUGCUGCUGCAGCAAAACCUACUAUCUUGCAGCAAGAUGGCGACUUUCGCUACUCAGGAUGCUUUGCUGAUGGGGCUACACCUGUGCUGGUUGUUGAUCACUCCUCUGAUCCUAGCCAGAACGGUAUGACCGCUGAGAAGUGUAUUGCUCUAGCGGUACGAAAAGGCUUACGUUAUGCCGGCGUUGAGUCUGGUUCGGAGUGCUUUCUGGGAAACACGCUUCACGGCUCUGAUAAGAAGUCAGACAGUGACUGUAACAAAAUCUGCGCAGGUACACCAACUGAGUACUGUGGUCAGGCCAACAGGCUUCAAGUUUAUGAGAACCAGAAAUGGAGCGAUCCGACUCUGGACGAGUUAACCAAUGCCCUGACCGUUUACAACAGGACUUUGUUCCAAUUGUCUCAGCUCAACAACCAAUACCAAAGCCUCAUUCAACGGUGGGCAGAUACGCAGAAUGCUGGUAAAAAACGGGCAAGGUUCUUUUCUAAGAGGGCCCAAACCAUUACGGUUACAGAGCUGCGUAGGGGUCUAACCGACAUUGAAAGACAGUACCCUACUCUUCGUCAGGCACUUGCUCAGGCAUCCUCAAAUGGAGGUACAUUGUUUGUACAUGCGGCGAGCUUGGACGUUGUACGCCAUGGAAACCCAUUUGUAGAUCCGCCCAAUUUGCAAAGGGCGCAGAACGCUUUUGACAUUCCUCUCGAACCACUUGAGCGAGUUCAAUCGGCGAUAGAGGCCGAUAUACGGUCCAUUGAUUCAACACCUUCCACUACACCACUUCUCGAUACUGCCGGCGACUUGGCUUUCGUUGGAUCUGCUGGAACUGCUAUUGGCAUCUUGGCGGGGUCGACCUUGGAAAAAAUCGCACUUGGCCAGGGCGUUUUUGCCCUUCUCGCUCUUGUAUUUCUGUCUCUGCAUCCAUCGACGACACCAGGCAAUCCAACGACCGCACCCCACUCGAUACCAGCAUCAGCGACUACAACAAUCGCCUCUUCUACGUCGUCGGCUGCCCCUUCUGCUACCCCAUACUUCCUCGUUGCAGCAAACGGCGUUUUGAGUGGUCAAUUCAAAGCAUUUACAGAGGAAUUAAAUGAAAAAGUUGAAAGCAAAGUCAUCAACAAUCGCUUCGGUAUUGCGCGGGUGGUAGAAUUGACUACCAGCCAACUCAAACGAGCCAGGGAGAGCCGGCUCGUGUUUUCGGCAACACUUAACAAUAACGCACGGGUGAUAGAUUCAUUAACAUUCAAGCAAAGCAACGCAUCGAAUGGCUUGCAGGCGCCAAAGCUGAGCAAGCGGGCUGACCCUCAGAGAGGAACGGCCGUUCCUGGCAGCUAUUCCAAGGGAAUGAAUCUUAACGGCCACAGUGGAAACCCUCCCUAUAACCUUGCUCAUCUGCAGUCCCUCUCUAGGGCAUGGUUUCCACAGGGCAUUGACAAUCUACACCACUAUAACUAUGAAACUGAUCCGGGCGAUGGUACGUUCAUAUACAUCGCAGAGCCAGCGGAUUUCACCCAUCCAGAGUUUGCCCAGGUCCGUCAGGAACGAAUCACUAUUAACAGCCCGACUAGCGACCCAGCUAAGCUUGAUAGAGAGCAUGGAACAGCGGUUGCCUCAAUGGCAACCGGGUAUAGCCUUGGAGUUGCCCCGUCAGCAACUGUUAUAUCUGUUGACAUGUCGCAUGAAGAAGCCGAUAUGUUCGAGGCUCUCUUCGAGGUAUACGAAGAUAUUUUACGCAAAGGAAGACAGGGCAAGGCUGUUGUUAACAUGUCUUGGGGAAUGCGAGCAGACCCUGGCACUAAAAGGUGUCUUCCCGAGUUUUGGCUUGCUAAAGUAAUUGAGCAACUCCAUGAGGAAGGUGUUGUCGUGGCCGUCUCAGGCGGCAAUAACGGGGAGGAUCCCGUCGAUCCAACGUUCACGACACAUGCUCCUCGGUGUUAUGGCACCUUCAUGAACGAUCUGAUAGUGGUUGGCUCUGUCGACAGAACCGGCAAGAGGUCUGCGUUUUCGGGCAAGUGCGACGCUGCCAAUACCACGCCAAAUUGCAUGAGUGCAUAUGCUGUUGGUCAAGACGUUCUUGCAGCAGACUCCACGACCGGAAGGGGGACUGUUGUCAGUGGCACAAGCUUCGCAACACCUAUCAUCUCAGGUUUAGCCGCAUACUUGUUAACUCACUCUAGCAGCUCCAUUCAUCAAAGGAUUUUUGGUUUUGGAAGGGACAAAGUGGCCGAGGGAGUUGAGGAAGUUAUUACCGAUUGGAGCUGGAGCCGCAUGCCAACUGGUGGUGUCGACUGGCCUAAUGUGGCCUGGAAUGGUGUCAUUGAAUAGAUUUACUGUACAAUAUAUCUUUAGGGUUCAUGAUUGUUACUUUUAAAUUUAUUAUAUCCUGUUUUUAUUCUCAGGGUGCGGCUUUAGAUUGUCCUAGGUGGUAGAACCGUUGUGGUGUAAGUGGCCAAGAGCAGUAGUAACAAAAGGGUGGUAAGCGGUCGUUAAGGAGUCAUCCUCUAUUAACAAGGAAUUGCUUAGCUUGAUCACUGAAUAUCUAAAUUACUCUAUCUAGGCUAUAUAAGGGGCUUUAUAUACUUUGUUUAUAUCUUUGUGAUUGAAUGGGUCGUAAGUGAUCUAUUCUACAAAGAGUCACGUGACCUGCCGUACGUGUGGUGACAUGGCCUCAGAUGAUAUAAUGCGCGAACAUGUAAGAUUCUAAAUAUACCAGUCGAAAAACGAAGAAUUUAAUUAAUUUUGAAUUUUAUGAUUUUGAAGAGUUUGUCAUUGCUGGUUUAAACGUAAUUCAGCGGAAUCGAGCGACAUUGGCCGUGCAAGCGCGUUAGUUUGGUUCUUUACAAGAAAAACAGUAUAUAUUUUUAGACAAAAAUGUAGGGGAGCAAAGACCAGCUUUAUGCU